CUCACAGAGAACCAUUGACAGGAGGGAGAACGAGAGAGCGAGAGAGAGAGCGAGCGUGUGUGUGUGGGGGAAGGCACUGUAGAGACAAACGGCUUCUGAGAACAGAAGCGUAGAGCCAGAGCAGACUGCAGGAGAGAAGGACAGUGAGACAGACAGACAGACAGACAGAAGAGUGACAGACUGACCAAACAGAGGACUACAGGGAUGGGUAGAGGGAGACUGUAAACAGGAGAACGAGAAGAGAAGAGAGGGAAGAGAAGAAAGCAAAGCGGCAGGACUCGGCCAUCGGCCUUCUGUGUGCGUGCGUGUGCGGCUGGCUGUGUGUGUGGCACUGUGGCGUAUCCUUCCUCCGCCAGCACAUCCUCCUCCAUCUCUCACAUCCUCCACCCUGUUCUCCACCUCCUCUCCCAGAAACGCAUGAGCUCUGUCACUCGCGUUCUCGCCGCCCACCUUCCGUAACCGGGCUUCUGCUCUGCUGGACGACAUGGAAGAGUAACCUUGACUGUGGCGACAGGAGCCAGGCGACCUUCUUCAGAAUCCAAGACUGCGGUUACCCUCAUCAUCCUCACUGGCAUAGCAUGUUCAGGAAGGAAGGAUACGCAGAGCUGUCCACUGUAUAACACUGCCAACUACUGAACACGGAUACCAACUGGACCGACCGAAGAGAAACACACACACACACACACACACACGCACACACCAAGCACAGAGGUACAGCAACAUAGGAAGAGAGAAAAGGAUGCAUCAGCCGCGCGGACAAAUGAGACCUGGCUAGACUCCUCGGACACUCAUAACACACCUAACAUUAGUGGAGACACACCUUCUUAGACCAGAAUACACACAAACACACAUACACAGACACACUUCUUAAGGAAUUACAAGCUGUAUUGCACCAGAGAAUCUUCCAGAACUUUGCUUUGCUUCCUUUUCCCAAAAAAGUUGCUGCUUAUCACACCCCGGUGGGCGAAGUGUUAUCUCAGACUCUCCAGUGCUUCACUCUGAAAGUGGAAGGACGUGAAGUUGGUUGUGCCAGUGGUGUCCAUGCAACCUCCCAAUACACAUGACAUCACUUACAUUUAGAACCUGACAUCCUACCAGGACCGUACGCAACAACACAAAGCUUGAAAUUUCCCUCUAUAAGGCCCUCUUAAAGGGACUUUCUUUGUUGGUGCUUAUUGUAUCUGUUACUUAUAAGUAGGAAUAUACAGUAUUAGCUUGAAUAUUACAUAUACAUAUAUUUGAAAUUAGCUAUUACGUGCUAUGCUGUCUUAAGCCAUUCAUUUGUAAAACUGAUUUAGAGUUUGCGCGUUAGUGAAGUUUUAAUAAACAGGGUGCACGUCAUCACACUGGAAACUACUGUAUAUAGUGAACUACUGUAUAUACUGAACUACUAAACAUUGCGCAUUACUGACUUUGCAGACAUCUGAACACUGCAGCUUGUUCUAAGGCAGGACAGGAGCCUCUGAUAGAGGAGUCUCAGAGCUGUAGACUGAACAUCUCAAAACAUUUAGAACAUCUAGACAGCAAGACAUACUGUGGUGUGACCAGUAAGAGACUCUAUUGGAACAAUGGACAAAACCAUUCGCCCUCAUGUCCCCUGCAAUGGCUGAGUGUUGGCUGAGAAUACUGUGGAUACCAUCCACAGGGCUGUGACCACACACACCUGCAGAGACACACACACCUGCAGAGACACACACACCUGCAGAGACCACGCCCUUCCCUCGAGCGAAUGUCCUGUCUCCGGCGGCAGACUGUGACAAUCCCAAUGGAUACAGUCAAGAUCAUCCAAUCAGAGAAGUUUCCUCGGGAAUGCCCUGUGCCUGUCACGCAGCCUCGCUUUGCUCCGCCCCCCCGGGUGGCCUGGGAUGGUGGUGGCGAAGGAGAGGUCAUUGCUAACCAGGCCUGCAGUGACCUGGAGGUCAAUGGUAACACCGUGGUCAACGCCCGUCCGCUGGUAACACCCCCGGCACCGGUCCUCCGGCGUGAAGCGGCCUACUUGGCCCAGCGCAAGGCCAGCAACACCGAGAUCUGUUACCACCAGUUCCACUACAAGAUGGACGACGUCAUCGUGAACCAGUACGUGCUGCGCUCUUCGUCCACCUCCUCCUCCUCCUCUUCCUCGACGUCCUCGGGGCCAGUGAUGCCAUGUGAGCCCCUGGACUGCCCAACGUGCGGGCACACCUAUAACUUUGCCGGCAAGCGUCCACGGAUUCUGUCCUGCCUGCACUCGGUGUGUGAAGAGUGCCUGCAGAUUCUGUACGAGUCCUGCCCCAAGUACAAGUUCAUCUCUUGCCCCACAUGCCGCCGGGAGACAGUGCUCUUCACCGACUAUGGCCUGGCUGCGCUGGCCAUCAAUACCAGCAUCCUGAGCCGGCUGCCCUCCGACCCCGGUGGCACCAUGCAGUGGGGCGGCGACGCCGAGCGCAGCUGCUACCAGACGGUGCGCCAGUACUGCCAGUCGGCUUGCACCUGCCACAUCUCCAACCCUCUGUCAUCCUGUGGCAUCAUGUAGUUCCAAAACAGACCACUACGUGGCACUGUUUGAGCCAAAACACCAACACUCAACCCCACCUGCCCACACACACAGAUGUAUCUAUAGAUCUAAUAGCACAGACGGUUGCUGUCUGGACUUUUAAGUGAAAGAGACACUUGUGCAAGGAGCCAAAAGAGAAAUGAAAUAUCAGAGUAAAUGUAUUUUAUGUACGAACUGGUCACGCCCUCUAACUAGAGCCCUGUCUUUCUUGUUUGGAUGUGUUUGUCAUCUCUUAACAUGGGAAUGCCAAGGAGACCUUGUCUCCUUCCUCCUGGGUAAAAUAAAGCAAAUAAAUGAAUAAUGUCA